AUGAAUAAAAAGCACAAGAAAGAGAAGAGUCUGACACAGCUUGAAGCUAAAGAAGUUGAAAACAGUGAGAAACAUGCUAUCACAGCUGUUCUGGAUGAAGCAAAGAGAAUGGAUGCUCGUGCUUAUAGGGCAUUGUUCAAACGACAACCAAAGAAAGCUAAUAUGGAAGGGCAUCAUGACCUGUGUCGUUGUGAGGAGAUUAAGAACAAGAACACUAAUGGCAAUGAUCGCAGAGAUGGUGCUUCUGAGAAUGUUGAUGGGGGUGGUGAAUGCAGUCAAAGGCAGGUUGAAGAAUUGAUAGAUAGAUGGAUUUUGAGAGAUUCUGGGAAAAGUUUGGAAGGAAAUUCCAUGGUAAGUGAACAUGUAAAAGAGACGUUGGAAAAUAAUGGUGGAACCAAAUCUCCACAUAAAUGCCAGAAGCUCACAUUCUUAGAGGAAGUCCAUCAAUUUAAAGAAGGGGAUGGUAGGGAAGAUCUCAGGAGUGAUGACAGUCUGGUACUUUCAUCUCAUAGAACUUUAUCUAAGCUGGCGAAUAAUGUUGCUGAAAUGGAACAGAAAAAUUUGCAGGCAGAGUUGGCCAAUCUGACUGUAAAUAGGACACCUGGGGCUGAUAUUGAGCUGGAGAGUGGUUGCAAGGUGGAGGUGGUAAUAGGGUUGAUGCCUUUUAAACGUAAAAGAAUUAUUGACAACUUGAAUUCUGAUGCUACAGCAAUGUUUUCAAAUAAAGAUGCUGAUGCAGCUUCACAUGAGAGCGGCAGAACAGAUUCUGUGGAGAAGUGUCCUACGGGCUCCAAAAGGAAAAGUGCCUCCCAGGGAGCAUCUGCUGAAUUUGUGGAGAUAGGAAAACUCUUUACUUUUGCAGCUUUUGGACGCAAUUGCAUAAUGUAUGUAGUACCAAUGCAUCAGGGUUGCAUACCUUUAUGGUCCUCAAUGAGUUCACCGUCUCGUGCUUUUAUUGAAUCCAGUCCAUGUUGGUGGUCCCUGAGGGUCAACCACCACUUGAUUCCGCAGGAGCAUUGCUCCUGCAAUCCAAAGUUAAACGAUGAUUCAUGUGGUUCCACUUUAGCUAAGGAUAGAGGGGGAAUUGAAGCCGAUGUCACUGCAGGACUUGCAGAACAGUGUAUCCCAGAUUUACAACAUAAAAAGUCUUCUCUAGAUCCUCAGUUCGAUGGCAACCCAAAUACAUGUCUCAUCUGCAAGCUUGGUGGAAAGCUCUUGUUGCCUUGGGCUAGGUGUUGUGAGGGACAAGGUUGCAAAAGAAGCUACCAUCUUUCUUGUCUAGAUCCUCCUUUAGAGGAUGUUCCCCUUGGAGUUUGGCACUGUCUUGCCUGUGUUAGGAAGAAGUUGGAGUCCGGUAUACAUUCAGUUUCGAAGGGAAUAGAGUCAAUUUGGGAUUCCUGUGAAGUGGAGGUGGCAGAUGACAAUGGAAUGCAAAGGCGGAUGCAAUUUUAUGUCAAAUACAAAGGUCUUGCUCAUGUUCAUAAUCGCUGGUUGCCAGAGAAUCAAUUGCUUCUUGAAGCUCCUUCGCUUCUAGCAAAAUUCAACCAAAAAAACCAGGUCACAAAGUGGAAGCAAGAAUGGACUGUGCCACAUCGUAUGUUACAAAAGCAAUCAUUAAUGUCUCCCAACAAUAAUGAAGAGAAUUGCAGGGGCCAUUCUGGCAAUAUUCUAGCUUGCCAUUUUGAGUGGCUUGUUAAAUGGCGUGGCCUUGAUUAUAAGCAUGCAACCUGGGAGUUGGAGACUGCUUCUUUCAUGAAUUCACCUGAAGCUCAGAGCCUCAUGAGAGAUUAUGAAAAUCGUCAUGCGAAGGCUAAACGAGCAGAGUUUUUAUCUAGAAUAGAUAAGUUGUCAGCUGGAGGUUCACCUGAAUUUGAUAAUAAUCAUCUGGACUUUGUCAACUAUCUUCGUGAGUACUGGCACAAGGGAGAGAAUGCUGUUCUUAUUGAUGAUCAGGAACAAAUCACAAAGGUGAUUUCUUUUAUUUUGUCAUUGUCAUCCAAUACCCGUUGGCCUUUUCUCAUCAUCACAACUCCUGCUGCACUUCAUUCAUGGGAAGAAGAGUUAUUUCGUUUAGCGCCAUCUCUAUAUGCAGUGGUUUAUCAUGGAAACAAAGACAUACGGAAAAGUAUUAGGAAGUUGGAGUUUUACAAUGAAGGAGGUUGCAUUAUGUUUCAAAUACUUAUAACAUCACCAGAAGUUAUUGUUGAGGAUCUAAAUGUGUUUGAAUCAAUGAAAUGGGAAGCCGUGAUAGUGGAUGAGUGCCAACGCUCCAGAAUACAUUCACAUUUUGAACAAAUAAAGGUGCUAAGAACUGCUAUGCGGCUUCUCCUUGUAAAUGGUCAGGUUAAGGAUGGUAUCACCGAGCACCUGCUGUCACUGCUUGUUCAUCAGAGUGAUCUAAAUGGUAGUGAAGGCUUGUUCACUAAUUCAAGCCCUAAGGCUGGCAAUUUGAAGGAACGGUUGUUGAAAUACAUUGCAAAUGGUUGCAAACCGGACUCCUCUAAGCUUGAAGAAUACUGGGUUCCUGUACAGUUAUCCCCCAUGCAACUUGAGCAGUAUUGUGCUACUCUACUUUCAAAUUCUUUGUCACUUUGCUCAUCCUCAAAGAAUGAUCCUGUUGGUGCCCUUCGCGAUAUUCUUAUCUCUUCUCGGAAGGUUGGGCUGAUUCACCUUUAA